GGUGAAGCAGCUUUUUGAGCUGAAACAUAUUUUCAAUUUCUUCGAUCCUUUUUUCAAUGGGUUUGGGAGCUUUGAUUUUUCAAAUUCCUCUUUCCGGAAAGCUGAUUUCGGAGAUUCUAUGUUCUGGGUAUCUUGAGAAGCAAUGAGGAGGAGCGGUAACGCCGAAGAGUCUGUGACGGCGCUGCGGAAUCCUAGUCCUAUGAAGUCGGAGAGGCCACCGCUGCUGAAGAAGUCGAGAACCAUAACAUCGGACGACGAAUGUUCCACACCACACUUCCCCGGUCCCCUGUUCCCCGCCGUUCGUCGUAUCUCUUCGCUUCCUCCGUCCCCCGAACGCCACGAUCCAGAUGCGUCCGUAAGGCAAAGUAGUACCAGAAGCAGCAGCAAUGGUAAUAGUCUUAGCAACUUUGAUGGCGAUAGCGCAUCGGAAAGGGAUUGGGUUUACCCGUCGUUUCUUGGGCCACAUCCCGCUAGGAAUCAAAUGGUUACAGUGAAGCAGUCAAAGUCGCUGAGCAGAGGUGGCGGAAGAGUAGCAGGCGGGGAGCAGGGCAAGCAGGUGGAUGAGAUUCUUGAAAAGCAGCGGCCUGGGGCAACUAAAGAGGAGGAAGUGAGGAAUGUGGGGAGUCAAGUUUUGGUGACUAAUAAUUCAAGAGCACUGAGUCAGACCAGCACGGGGAGAACUCUCCAAUCGAAAUUGAAACGUUCCUUCAUCUUUUACUUGGUCAUUUUUAUUUGUGUACUCUCUGUAUGUUAUUCAUUUUACUUACGCAAUAAAGUUUUGAGGCUAGAGGAAGAGAACAUUAACCUUCGCAAAUGUUGUAAUGAUAAAGAUUUUUUUGUUGGUGCUGGCAACAACAUUGAAGUUUUGCUGACUCAGGAUGAUCCUUCAUUGCUGUCAUUUGAUGAUACUGACAGUAGAACUAUUGCUCUAUGUACUGUGGUCUUCACUCUUAUUAUGCCUUUUCUAUUGUACAAAUAUCUUGAUUAUCUUCCAAAAAUAAAAUCUCUCUCAAAAAUAACAAAGUCUGACAAGGAAGGGGUUCCCUUAAAGAAGAGAGUUGCAUAUAUGGUGGAUGUUAGUUUCUCUGUAUACCCAUAUGCAAAGUUGCUUGCACUGCUUUUUGCCACUAUAUUUCUUAUAGGAUUUGGUGGCCUAGCAUUGUAUGCAGUUAGUGAUGGUAGCUUAGCUGAAGCGCUUUGGCUUUCAUGGACUUUUGUGGCUGACUCUGGAAAUCAUGCUGAUAGAGUUGGAACUGGACCAAGGAUUGUUUCUGUCUCAAUAAGUGCAGGAGGCAUGCUCAUAUUUGCAAUGAUGCUUGGGCUUGUCUCAGAUGCCAUCUCAGAGAAGGUUGAUUCACUGCGGAAAGGGAAGAGUGAAGUCAUUGAAAAGAACCAUAUACUAAUUCUUGGAUGGAGUGAUAAAUUGGGUUCACUGUUAAAGCAACUAGCAAUAGCCAACAAAAGUAUUGGUGGUGGUGUAGUAGUUGUGCUUGCUGAAAGAGACAAGGAGGAAAUGGAGAUGGAAAUAGCAACGCUAGAAUUUGACUUUAUGGGGACAUCUGUUAUAUGCAGGAGUGGCAGUCCUUUAAUACUGGCUGAUCUAAAGAAGGUUUCAGUAUCAAAGGCUCGUGCUAUUAUUGUAUUAGCGUCUGAUGAAAAUGCAGAUCAGAGUGAUGCACGUGCCUUGAGGGUUGUACUUAGCCUAAAUGGAGUAAAAGAAGGGAUGGGGGGUCAUGCUGUGGUAGAGAUGAGUGAUCUUGACAAUGAGCCUCUAGUGAAGCUUGUUGGAGGAGAGCUUGUUGAAACAGUUGUGGCACAUGAUGUGAUUGGGCGCUUGAUGAUUCAGUGCGCUUUGCAACCUGGCCUUGCUCAGAUAUGGGAGGAUAUUUUGGGUUUUGAGAAUUGUGAGUUUUACAUCAAGAGAUGGCCACAAUUGGAUGGUCAGCGUUUUGGCGAUGUGCUUCUUUCAUUUCCUGAUGCAGUUCCUUGUGGAAUUAAGGUUACUACAGAUGGUGGGAAGAUAAAGAUAAUGUUAAAUCCAGAUGAUAAUUAUGUAUUAAGAGAAGGGGAUGAAAUCCUGGUUAUAGCUGAGGAUGAUGACACUUAUGCUCCAGGUCCCCUUCCAGAGGUAUGCCUGGGUUGUUGUCCAAAUUUAGCUGAUCCUCCAAAAUAUCCAGAGAAGAUACUAUUUUGUGGCUGGCGCCGUGAUAUUGAUGACAUGAUAAUGGUGCUAGAGGCAUUCCUUGCACCAGGUUCAGAGCUGUGGAUGUUUAAUGAGGUUCCAGAAAAAGAAAGAGAGAAGAAGCUGAUUGAUGGUGGACUAGAAAUUUCUGGAUUAGUGAACAUAAAACUUGUCCACCGCGUAGGGAAUGCUGUCAUCAAGCGCCAUUUAGAGAGUCUUCCUCUGGAGAUUUUUGAUUCUAUACUAAUUCUUGCAGAUGAGUCAGUAGAGGAUUCUGUUGUGCAUUCUGACUCAAGAUCUCUUGCCACCCUGCUCCUUAUUCGAGACAUACAGUCAAAACGUCUCCCUUAUAGAGAUACAAAAUCAAAUUCUUUACGGCUCUCUGGAUUUUCUCACAGUUCUUGGAUUCGGGAAAUGCAGCAAGCUUCAGACAAGUCAAUAAUCAUUAGUGAAAUUCUUGAUUCCAGGACAAGAAAUCUGGUAUCUGUAUCCAGAAUCAGUGAUUAUGUGCUAUCAAAUGAGUUGGUAAGUAUGGCUUUAGCAAUGGUGGCUGAAGACAAGCAAAUUAACCGUGUUCUUGAGGAACUAUUUGCAGAGCAGGGAAAUGAGAUGUGUAUCAAACCGGCAGAAUUCUACCUUUUUGACCAGGAAGAGCUCUGUUUCUAUGAUAUAAUGACCCGAGGUCGCCAAAGACAAGAAAUUGUUAUUGGUUAUCGACUUGCAAACACUGAUCAUGCCAUAAUUAACCCUCCAAAUAAAUCAGAACAACAAAAAUGGUCUCUUGAUGAUGUUUUUGUGGUCAUCUCCUCAGGUUUCCUGAAUCAGAGAUGAUGCUAUUCUAAUGCCUAAUCCAGUAAUCAUUAUCCACAACCAUUCCACAGCUCUAAUUGUUGCAUCCACAAUUGUAACUUUGUAAUGUGGAUAUUUUCAGGACAGACUACAGAGAAGGUAGAAGUCUUAGUGUUAACGCGGC